ACUAAGUGACGUGCACCAUAGAUGGAUAAUUGAUAAGAAGCUAUCAAUUAUCCGAUUUAUUAAUCUCCCGCCACUACGACGGGCGCCCACGAGCGCCCAUAGGGAUCAUUGUUCAACCGACUCGGAUUUGAACAAAAAACCGAAGUUUUGGCAGACAAGCAUGUGUACGAUGUUUUACACACCACAUACCUGUGGGUGUCAGAAGGACUCAAAGUUUGUCCAAUGCGAGGCACGCCAAGGUACAAACGUCCGUUGUUCCCCGUACGCCAGGGAACAGCUGGGACAGGCAGGAAACUAUUGCGAGAAUCAUCUAGUGAAAGACACUGCACUUCUACAGAUGCGUCUGUCACGGUGAAGAACCGGCAGAGCCAGCCAGUAGUACCAAAGUAAUACCAGUACAACCUGCUAUAAGUUACUCUAUGAUACGUGUAUGGUGAGAUUAUAUUAGAGUUACAGCAAAGUUGACUCGAGUGCUAUCACGGGUGCUUAGAGCAAUAACGAGACGAGUGUACUAAAUAAAUGGAAUACAGCAACAUGAACUCGGAAUAUCGUCCUGCAAGCCCAACAGCUUAUCCUGACCUCAAGGCCUCACCGGCGGAGUCUGUGAAUAUUCGGAAUACUUAGGCAGCCAAACUAUUAAUA